AUGCUCAGUUACAGUGUGAUGGAUAUGCUGCUGAGUGGCGCGUCGGUAGCAUUGCUGCUCCUUGUGCUGUCCUCCUGUCAUCGCAGCUUGCUGGAUGUGCAGGUGGAGACGCAGUCGGGGUUGUUGGGAGGCAUAGGUCUCGCUCUUAUCGCCACAUCGAUGAUUAAAUUUUUCGCCUGGACAACCGAAUUAUACUUUUUACGUUCCAUCGGCAAUAUGGCCCGAUACACUUUUAUCCAUUACACAACCGACGAGCCGCUCUGGAUCGCACUGAACGUUGCCCUCGGCAUUCUGUGCAUUCUUCGGGUACAGGCGAAUUCACCGAUUAGAAUUAUUACUCUUUGUCUUUCGGCUUCGAGUAUUCAUCCGACCAUAACUUACUUAUGGGUGGAUUAUCGAUGGUUCUCGAAUUUCGUGGUUUCCAAAGCAACGUUCGUGAAAUGGGUGCCCGACUGGUUAGCAGUUCUCAAUUUGAGUGCUGGAAUCAUACAUCUGAUAUUGCUGAUCAUUCUAACGCUGAAACUUGUCGGUUCAUUCACGCAGCCGCUCCUGAUGAGUUUCUCUUCCGGCUUCAGGAUGUUUCUCUUCGUCUCAGGUAAAAUCCUCCGUGCUACUUUCCCACUGUUCAAUUUAUGUAGAAGUAAUGCUAAUGUACUCGUCCGAUAG